UCCUCCGGACGGCACUGUGCCGUCGUCGGUUGCACCAACAACCAACGUAAACGCAAGCUUCUUUUACAAGAACGUUGUGAUAUUCAUCAGCGCCAACGACACGAUUGCAUGUGAGGGGUGUACUCGCUGCACGCGUUUCCUGUUGCCGCCGAGAAACGACGACAGUGGAUAAUCGCUUUGAACAGGAAGGACUUCGUGCCAAGCAAGUUUUCACGAGUAUGUUCUGUACACUUCAUCGACGGAAGACCAACGAACAUAAAUCCAUGCCCCAUGUUGAAGCUGGGAUACCCAAGAAAGGUCGGCCAUGAACCAUGCACGUCGUCGUCUUCAACCUUUGCAAGUAAUGCUGAAUGUGAGCCCCAUGAUGCUACACCAUUCGAAGAGGCAGGUGACCAUGGUCAACAUGUUGGCCCCCUUGACCUUCGUUGCAUGAAGUCCUUGCUACAAAUAGAAAGCAGCUCUGAUAGGCACGAAAAAUGGAGUCAUCAGAGUUGCCAAGUUCAACCUACAGUUCGUGAUAUUGGGACGCAGUGGGAAGACCCCUACAACAGCAUAAGAGAGGAACAUUCGUAUGCUGCUCUGCGUGUGAUGACGACAUCUUCAGAAACACAGACAGUACAGAAGACACCCUCUGAAGAUAUGUCAGAAGCUCUUUGCUGUUUCUACACAGGACUUAGCCUGGAUGGCUUCUGGAAGCUCGUGACGACAGUGAGUCUGGCUGCCCAGACUACCAUCACAAUGAAUGUGGGUGAUCAAGUAUUGUUAACCCUAAUGAGGCUACGGCUCGGGUUGUUGUACUUUGACCUGGCAAUACGGUUUGGCAUCUCACUUGCCCAAGCAGGAAAAAUAUUCAGAGAAAUGCUUGGUAUUCUAAGUGGCAUAAUGAGGAAAGUUGUAGUGUGGCUACCAUUAGAGACAAUUCUUGCAACUACGCCGUCACAGUUUACGUCUAGCGGAUAUGGCAACACCAGCUGCAUCAUCGACUGCACAGAGGUUCCAAUGCAACGGCCCAAGAGGAUUUAUUCGAGAGGGCAAACCUACAGCCACUAUAAGAGCUGCAACACCAUGAAGUUUUUGGUGGCCAUCGCACUAAAUGGAUUUAUCAUGUUCGUCUCACAUGCAUAUGGUGGGCGUGCUUCCGACAAGUUCAUUGUUGAAGAUUCCGGGUUUGCAAACUACUUAUACCAGGAUCAGGAAGUCAUGGCCGACAGGGGAUUUGCUCUAAAUAACUCAAUGAAAGAAAAGGGAGUCAAGCUGAAUAUUCCAGCUUUUUCAAGAGGCAAGAGCCAGUUUUCUGAGGCAGAAGUGACAGUGUCCAGGAUAAUUUCUAGACUGAGAAUCCAUGUUGAGCGUGCGAUCAAUCGCAUCAAAGUAUACAGGAUCCUGAAGGGUGCACUUCCAAUCACUCACAAGAAGUUAAUGAACAAUAAAGUUGUAGUAUGUGCAGGCCUGUGUAACUUGAAGGGUCCACUAAUCUCUCCCAAGCAUUGCGAGGAUGAGCUUCGCACAGAUUAGUAUAUAUAGUGUACAUAGUGCGCAUACUAUAAUAAUGCACAUUCACUGUAUAUCACCUUAUUGCACACAGUGUAUAGAUUUUAUAUUAGUACAUUGACAAGUCCAUCACGGCCGAACCUACAGUCAAAUGCUGCUAUGAAUGAAGCUCAAUACGCAACCACUUCAAAGGUGCAGUUAUAAUAGGAAAUAAAGGACAGCAUUGU